UCAUCGAGAGGCACAUUACCGAGACCGGUCCUCCAGAGAUGUGAGGGGAGUUUUCAUACUUGACAUUUUACGGCCAAAACAAAUAACGAGCGCGCGGAGAGGACGUGGAGAUUACUGGAUUAUAUUUCAUCACGCUGCAUCAAACGGUCCACAAAUGAGCAACAGCAGAUGAACCCGAUGAGGUCCACUCAGCUGAUGCAGGAGGAUUGACCACUUCAUCCUCUACUUUUUGCACCCCACUGAGAGGCCAGUGAGGCUGAAGAGGCGUUCCUUCAGCCCGCCUCCCUUUGUCACCAUUUCUUCUCUGAGUUGGUCCCCCGAAGCGUUUCAAAACUGUUUCUCCAACGCUUUUUCCAGAAACUUAGACUGUUUUCCAAAGCAGAAGCAGCACAGCCCUCCCAGACUGAGGUGAUGGGAAGCGUGCGAGCCAGCCGCUACAGCAUUGUGUCAUCAGAGGAGGACGGCAUGAAGCUCGCCACAAUGGCGGUCCCCAACGGCUACGGGAACGGCAAGAGCAAGGUGCACACAAGGCACCAGCCCCAGAGCAGAUUUGUAAAGAAAGACGGUCACUGCAAUGUGCAAUUUGUUAAUGUGAGUGAGAAAGGUCAGCGGUACCUGGCUGAUAUCUUCACCACGUGUGUGGACAUCCGCUGGAGGUGGAUGUUCAUCAUCUUCUGCCUCGCCUUCCUCCUGUCCUGGCUCUUCUUCGGCUGCGUCUUCUGGCUGGUGGCCAUCUUCCACGGGGACUUGGAGAGCAACUCCCAAAAGUGCGUCUCCAAUGUCAGCAGCUUCACGGCUGCCUUCCUGUUCUCCAUUGAGACUCAAACAACCAUUGGUUACGGCUACAGAUACGUGACGGACGAGUGCCCCAUUGCCGUCUUCAUGGUGGUGUUUCAAAGCAUUGUAGGCUGCAUCAUUGACGCCUUCAUCAUCGGCGCUGUCAUGGCAAAGAUGGCAAAGCCCAAGAAGAGGAAUGAAACUUUGGUUUUUAGCCAUAACGCCACUGUUGCAAUGAGGGACAACAAGCUCUGCUUGAUGUGGCGUGUGGGCAACUUAAGAAAAAGCCACCUUGUUGAGGCUCACGUGCGGGCACAGCUUCUCAAAUCCCGUACGACAGCAGAGGGGGAGUAUAUCCCCCUUGACCAGAUGGACAUAGAUGUUGGCUUUGACAGCGGAGUCGACAGAAUCUUCCUGGUUUCACCAAUCACCAUCGUCCACGAGAUCAACGAGGACAGUCCCUUCUAUGACAUGAGCAAACAGGACCUGGAGAGCCUUGACUUUGAAAUCGUGGUCAUCCUAGAGGGAAUGGUUGAGGCGACCGCCAUGACCACGCAAUGUCGCAGCUCCUACGUUGCCAGCGAGAUCCUCUGGGGUCACCGCUUCGAGCCUGUCCUCUUCGAGGAAAAGAACUACUACAAGGUGGACUAUUCUCGCUUCCAUAAGACAUACGAGGUGCCGAGCACGCCCCUGUGCAGCGCCAGAGACCUAGCAGAGAAAAAAUUCAUCCUCUCAAACUCCAACUCCUUCUGCUAUGAGAACGAGAUGGCACUGGACAACAAAGAGGACACUGACGAGGGGAACGGGGGCAGCGUCGGGCCUGACGGCACCCAGACAGACAACAUCUCAGAGAACGAACACAACCAAGCCACGGUGCCUCUAGAGCCGCGGCCUCUGAGACGAGAGUCAGAAAUAUGACUGCUGAGACCUCAGACCUCAUGUGAGGGAUCGUCUAAAAUCACGUCUCUGCUUCAAAAGGCGCAGCGAGCCGAGCUGGGCCUUGGGUAGAGGACAAGCCGAACGGUACUGCUGUGGAAGGCGGCGAGGUUUAGGACUUUGUAUGUAGGAGUCAGUGUGAACUUUGACUACAUACAGUAUGACAAAACAUAGCACUAUGAUGGACCAUGUGCAUAAUGCAGGAAGAAUUCUCAAUGAAGUCCCCAUGAAUGUGCUGCUGACUGCAACACCACAGAGAGGAGGAUGUAAAUGACUUGAAAACUGCAGGCAUGUCUCAGUUUGUCUGUCCGGCAUGAACAAGAUGCUUCCAGAAAGAAGGGGUUUUAUAAAUAGAAUAUUUUCUCAAGUGCUGCUAGAAAAUAGUUGAAGUAAAACUUUGUGUGUUUUUUUGUAGAACCAAAGAGUACACUAAAGGUUAGAUGUCUGGAACAAAGACGGUACAAGUAGAGUAUUUGUUCAGGAGCUGGUCUCAUUAAAGACAUCACAGAACAUGAACUGUCUGUAUGCAACAAACACUCAAGAAACUUUAUUUACAACAGACCAUAUGACAACAGCAGCCAUGUUCUUUUGACAUCACGGUCAAGAUCUGAAGCUCUAAUUCUGUCAACAUGUCCUACUGUGAUGUUUCAGGUUGUUUUUCAUAGAAGUGUGAAUCGUUUUAAAGUUGUUUCAACCAUUUCUGAAUGAAAAAAGAGAAGCUGGGCCAUAUUUUAUGUUAAAAACAUGUUUGAUAACCCUGUAGCUAGCAUCAGAACACAGCUAAUGCUAGCUUUCAGCCACUUGCUAGUUGUUCUGCACGUUGUGUAGUCACAGCUUUUAUAAAAAAAGGCCUGCAAUAAUUUAAGAUAUCAACACUUAUUUUGGACAUAUUUAUGUACGCCUGAGCUAAACUUGUUGGAUGCAAUUAUACUUACAAUACAACUCUUAGCUUCAACGCUAAACUUGUGUUACUGUAUCACUAAUGCAGACGGUCAAACAAAUAACUUCUUUUAACAUUUGUAGGAGCAUAAUGAAAUUUUAUACGCUGACCACUUAAGAAGCAACUAAGAUGUUUGGUUUUGGCUUCACAAUAGCUAGCCAAAAGUACAAUGUUUACAGUACAGGGUACAGGGCAGUGGCCUGAACUAGGAAUGCAUGAUAUUGGAUUCAUGCCAACUUCUGAUUUUCAUAGAUUCCCACCCCCUUUUUUUUCUUGCUAAUGCAUGGUUGUUACUGAUAUAUUCUCAGUCCUGCCCGUGCACAGUGCAAUGCUAAAUCUGUUAGCUCUGGUUAGAAUUUACUUAAUAAAAGUAAAAAUAUUUAAUUUAAAGUUUACUGUAAGUAUUGAGUAGGUACAGCGGAGUUUUACAGUAAAACAUGAUCUUUCCUUAUUAACAAGAACAACAAGAGAAAAGCUCUCUCCAACCAGGCUGUUCAAAUAAGGUCACAUCUCUAUAAUAAAGUAAAAUACACCGAAAAAUUGACAGUGUUUAUUAAAGUUAUAUAGCAUUAAAUUGACCACUUAAAAUUGUCUAUAUUGGUCCAAACAUGUAGUUUAAACUACUGAAAUCGCUAAAUAUUUUGCAGUUUGAAAGAGCUGCAGUAACAUGUGAAAAUCUGGGGUACGGUCGGUCUUCUCUGGCAAUGCAUUAUGUAUCCUUCAGGAGCACCUAAAGUCACUGUGUGAACUCAAACUCAGUGGAUAACUUCACCCGUGGUGUAAAUUCUUCUCACAUCAAAAACAACAAUCCACUAGAAAUGUGAGCUAAAGAACCUCAGCAAGGAUCCCUGUACAAGAGGCAACAUCUCAUCACAUAUAAGCACUCAGCCCAAGGGCAUGAUGGGAAAGUCUGCCUAUACAUACCCCUAGAUUUGAAUUGGGAGUGGGCUGGGCUUUGUCAGAUGGGGUUAAAAUCCUGACCCUCAGAUGUCAACACUCCAGUUUUCGGGAUGUGGUGGAAUUGUUCUCUGUUUAUGUGCUACUGUAAGGUCAACAGAGGUGGAAAAAUACAAGAACUCAAGUUAAAGUACAGUUACUCUGGUUAAACCUCACUUUAGUACUGAUGAUUAGUUACUUUCCACCUCUGGUGGUAGCGUAAUGGUUUUUAAGCUUUUUUGCCCAAGACAAACUUAAGAUCAAGCCAAGAUCUCCAGGUGCACCAUACUUAUAUCCAUGCAAAAUAGUAGGGAUGCACGAUAUUGGAUUUUUUGCUGAUAUUUACAGAUUCAUUUCAGCCGAUACCGAUAUCAAUAUCGAUAUUUAAAUAUGCUUUACAUAAUUAAAAAUUAAGUCCUUUGGACACAAUUUUAGGUUUGGGGAAUGAAAAAGAAACUUUCUUUUCUUAAAACACACUUUAAAGUUUAAAGAAUGAAAAUGAAUAAAGAAAAAGGUCUCAACUUACAUAAGUCUGUUGGUUUAGCCUAAAACUCCACUAAUUUACCAGUAUGCUCAUAUGCACAGCCAAAAUAUCGGAUGUAAAUAUCGGCAAAAAUUUUGAUAUCUGCCGAUACAUAUAUUUUGCUUGUUUUUUUGCUAAUAUCUGCCGAUACUGGCAGAUAUCUGGUCAAUUAUAUCAAGCAUCCUUACUCUUUAGUACACUACCUUUGGUUGUGUAGCUGUAGUGAUAACCUAGAGUCAUACAAAGCCCUGUGGCACACCUAGACUUGACUCAAGGUCUACCUGUGAGCUUCUGCAAACCAUUAAGGAACCACUGAGUGAGCAUGAAGCUAACAAAUGCAGAUGUAAAUCCCAGUCCAUCUCUAAGAAUCUUCAUAUUAUGUAAAUCAUGCUCUUCUCUAGUCUUCUCUAUUUUGCAUGGAUGACACACUAGCAUGAGAUGCCUUAGGAUAAAACUGCAUAGGUAAUGCCACAUUGUGAACCCAAAAACUUCCAAUGAGUCUUCUCUCUGUCUUAAGAAAAUAUAUUCAAAAUAACUUUUAAACUUGUUAGUGGCUGAAUGUUAAUAUAAGCUUCAAUCUGCGGGAGUUUUCAAACAUUUUUUAGCGUAAAAUGUUUCCUGAUUUUUGGUGCUAAUGUUUUAGAAUAGUAGGUCUUUAUGGUCACCUUUCGGGGGGAAGAGAGAAUAAAACUAGUUGGCACAAUUUUUACAUUAACAUGACGACCUCGAAUAUAACAGUAUGACACGCAAACAACAUUAGAGCUUCUCACCCUGACGGUGAAGUCACAGGAACAUAGCUGCUGUGAGAGUAUGGUCCAUUUCCUCUGACUUGACAGCACUGAUUUCUGAUCUUUUGCUUCAUCUUUUGCAGUUAUCGAUCUGUUCAUGGCUGGUUAGACUCCUAGAAACAUGCCUGCUCCCGUCAAGAGAUAGAGCAGGGUAGUAUUAACGGCAUCAAACUGACUCAUUUAACCAGACACCGGGGUUGUAUGAGAAUCUGAAUGUUCUUAAAAGUGCUGCUAUGAUGUUGCUUUUUUUUUUUUUCUAAACGUUUGAUAAAAAAAUGCCAAAGAGUAUUAUUAUCAUAGUUAUGCGUUUCUUAACAAAAACACCUGGCUAGAUUUGGUACAGAGAAGUAGAGUAUUUAGAGAGUUUUAAUAAGGUUUGUUUUUCAAGAAUGUGUGUACAGUUUAUCACUUUUUUUACAUCCUUAUCUUGAGCCACUUCAACAAGCCUUAAUCAGAGGAAAUUUCUUUAAAAUUCAACAAAGCUGCAAAAGAUUUACUGUAGAGUGGACUACAACAAUCACAAGCUUUGUGCUUUUGGCUGGACUCUAUAAAAAUGUAGUCUGGGUUUCAUUUUUACUUGGAGAUUAGCUAAAUGAUUAAAGUCGGAACCAGAUUUUUUUAGAUGUCUAAACUAAUUCUUAAUAGUUUUCUUCAUAACAUGCAUGCAGUCCUGGUCAAAUGCUCUUUCUUAGCUGCAUUGCAGCCACUGUAGCUUCAUCAAACAGCUGCCUCCGUACUGCUAAAACACUCUGUAAGCCAGAUGUAAAUUAAAAGAGAAUGGAUAGCGUCGUUAGCAUCUCAUAGGAGUGGCAGUAUUUUGAUCUAGAAAAAAGAGAUGAAGUUGCGUGUUGACUGUGCCAGCUUAAGCAUGCAUUUUAGCUCUAAUUUGAAGCAACAAGUGACCACAUUCAGCGAACGCAUGUAGACGUCAACUUGCAAAGAGGGCUGAAUGUUAGGCUAGAGAUGUUUGCUAACUUUAGCCACACUUGGUCACCGUGUUCUCCUGCAGACUGUGAUUCUGAGUCCAAUAUCUGUGCUUCUUUUGAUUUUGCUUUUAUGAGAUUUGACUUUAGUCGUCUGGGAACAUCCCUAGUGUCAGCUUAAAUAAAACGGCUGAUUUAAAAGGCCAAACUCAAAGUCGCAAGUGCUGAAAGAAAGCUUUUUUACAUUUCCUUUCCAACGCCUGAAACUAAAAUGGUGUUAUGACUGGAAGGAUUCUUCAAAGCAAAAAGGAAAAAGAUCAAAUCUCCAAGUAAAAUAGCAUGACUGCCACAUGGCCUCCUGGCUGUACUCAGACUACAGUUCAGCUUCUCCAUCAUCACCACUACUUGAGUUUUCAUUCUCUGUUGCAUUGCUCCUGUUUCUCCUGAGAAUGUCCGAUUUAAAGACGUAGUCCGAAGCCAAACGUACUGUAACCCCGGCUGAUGAAGGUGUAGCCUACUGCACAGGAACUGCAUGGAGACAAAUGUUUAUCUUUUUAAAAGAGACAGACAGAGGCCACUAGGCUCCAUCGACGUGUAAAUACCUCCCUGACCCUUUUUGCAGUUAUUUUGUAUCAGUCUUCCAAAUGUACUGCAAAACAACAGAAUGUACAGAUUUUUGUAUUAAUGUUAUUAUAAUUAUUGUACAUGAUAUUAUAUUGCUCCUUUUUCAAUAAAAUGU